GCCGCCUCGCUCCUCCGCAGGCGGAGCCUCCUUCCCCCGCCCCCUCCGUCUCGCUCCCUUGUUCUCGCCGGGGCCGCUUCGACCUGCAGCGGAGCCGCGGCGCCCGCUCGGAUCGGCUCGGGGCUGCGCCCCCGGGACCCGGCGACGGGGGCGGACGGGGGCGCUCCCCGCCGGCCUGAGCCUCUCAGCAGUGCCAGGUGUGGAUCCAUGGGGCAGCCCCAACGCAUCUGCCUCUCCACCCCAGCCAGUUCAAUGGGCCACCUGGCCCAGCCCAGUCUCAGCACACAAGGCCAGUGAACAGAGCACUGGCUGGAAUCCAAAUAUGUGGGGCCUGGUGAGGUUUCUGCUGGCCUGGCUGGGUGGCUGGGGCUGCAUGGGGCGUCUGGCAGCCCCAGCCCGGGCCUGGGCCGGGUCCCGGGGGCACCCAGGCCCUGCAUUGCUGAGGACCCGAAGGAGCUGGGUUUGGAACCAGUUCUUUGUCAUUGAGGAAUAUGCCGGUCCAGAGCCUGUCCUCAUUGGCAAGCUGCACUCAGAUGUUGACCGGGGAGAGGGCCGCACCAAGUACCUGUUGACCGGGGAGGGGGCAGGCACUGUAUUUGUGAUUGACGAGGCCACAGGCAAUAUCCAUGUCACCAAGAGCCUAGACCGGGAGGAGAAGGCACAAUAUGUGCUACUGGCUCAAGCUGUGGACCGAGCCUCCAACCGGCCCCUGGAGCCACCGUCAGAGUUCAUCAUCAAAGUGCAAGACAUCAAUGACAAUCCGCCCAUUUUUCCCCUUGGGCCCUACCACGCCACAGUGCCAGAGAUGUCUAAUGUCGUCCUUUCCCAUCUGGCCCUGCCACUGCUGAGUGGGGUGCUGGGAUCCCCCACAGGAACGUCAGUGAUCCAGGUGACUGCUCAUGAUGCCGAUGACCCCAGCUAUGGAAACAGUGCCAAGCUGGUGUACACCAUUCUGGAUGGACUGCCUUUCUUCUCUGUGGACCCCCAGACUGGAGUGGUGCGGACAGCCAUCCCCAACAUGGACCGGGAAACACAGGAGGAGUUCUUGGUGGUGAUCCAGGCUAAGGACAUGGGCGGCCACAUGGGGGGGCUGUCGGGCAGCACUACGGUGACUGUCACCCUCAGCGAUGUCAAUGACAACCCCCCCAAGUUCCCUCAGAGCCUGUACCAGUUCUCUGUGGUGGAGACAGCUGGGCCUGGCACGCUGGUGGGCCGGCUUCGGGCCCAGGACCCAGACCUAGGGGACAACGCCCUCAUGGCAUACAGCAUCCUGGACGGGGAGGGGUUGGAGGCCUUCAGCAUCAGCACAGACUCCCAGGGAAGAGAUGGGCUCCUCACUGUCCGCAAGCCUCUAGACUUCGAGACUCGUCGAUCCUAUUCCUUCCGCGUGGAGGCCACCAACACGCUCAUUGAUCCAGCCUAUCUGCGGCGAGGGCCCUUCAAGGAUGUGGCCUCCAUACGUGUGGCUGUGCAAGAUGCUCCAGAGCCACCUGCCUUUACUCAGGCUACCUACCACCUGGCUGUGCCAGAGAACAAGGCUCCUGGGACCCUGGUAGGCCAGAUCUCUGCAGCCGACCUGGACUCCCCAGCCAGCCCAAUCAGAUACUCCAUCCUCCCCCACUCGGAUCCAGAGCGCUGCUUCUCUAUCGAGCCCGAAGAUGGCACCAUCCACACAGCUGCACCCCUAGACCGUGAGGCUCGUGUCUGGCACAACCUCACCGUGCUGGCCACAGAGCUCGACAGCUCUGCACAGGCCUCCCGCGUGCAAGUGGCCAUCCAGACCCUGGAUGAGAAUGACAAUGCUCCCCAGCUGGCUGAGCCCUCUGACACCUUUGUGUGUGAUUCUGCUGCCCCUGGCCAGCUGAUUCAGAUCAUCCGAGCCCUGGACAGAGACGAAGAUGGCAAUAGUAGUCGUGUCUCUUUUCAAGGUCCUCUAGGCCCUGAUGCCAACUUUACUGUCCGAGACAACAGAGAUGGCUCUGCCAGCCUGCUGCUGCCCUUCCGUCCUGCUCCGCCCCGCCAGGCCCCCUACCUGGUUCCCAUAGAACUGUGGGACUGGGGACAGCCAGCACUGAGCAGCACUGCCACAGUGACUGUCAGCGUGUGCCGCUGUCGACCUGAUGGUUCUGUGGUCUCCUGCCGGCCUGAGGCUCAGCUCUCAACCACUGGCCUCAGCACUGGCGCCCUGCUUGCCAUCGUCACCUGUGUGGGUGCCCUGCUUGCCCUUGUGGUGCUCUUCGUGGCCUUGCGGCGCCAGAAACAAGAAGCACUGAUGGUACUGGAGGAGGAGGAUGUUCGCGAGAACAUCAUCACCUACGACGACGAGGGUGGCGGUGAGGAGGACACCGAGGCCUUCGACAUCACGGCCCUGCAGAACCCUGACGGGGCAGCCCCACCGGCACCCGGCCCUCCUGUGCGCCGCGACGUGCUGCCCCGGGCCCGGGCUCCACGCCAGCCCAGGCCACCCGGCCCCGCGGACGUGGCCCAGCUCCUGGCACUGCGGCUCCGCGAAGCGGAUGAGGACCCCAGCGUGCCCCCUUACGACUCGGUGCAGGUGUAUGGCUACGAGGGCCGGGGCUCCUCCUGCGGCUCCCUCAGCUCCCUGGGAUCCAGCAGCGAAGCCGGCGGAGCUCCUGGCCCGGCAGAGCCGCUGGACGACUGGGGUCCCCUCUUUCGCACCUUGGCCGAGCUGUAUGGGGCCAAGGAGCCCCCUGCCCCCUGAGCGCCACAGAGGGGCAGCAGCACAGGCCCUCUGAGUGAGCCCCACGGGGUCCAGGCAGGUGGCAGCAGCCCAGGGGCCCAGGCCUCUUCGUUUUCCGUGUCCCUUCUUCCUUCCCCAGGGCACCCUGGCUCUUCUCUCCCUGACCUCCUGAGUCGGUCUGUUUGUCUCUCUCCAGGGAUCCUUGUCUGUGUCUGUGACACUCUCCCCAUGUCCUGGUCUGGGUUUUGUGGCUCUGAUGCUGAAUCUGUGUCCUCUCACUGUGAUUCCUCGCCUUUCUCUGUAGCUGUCUGUCUCUGCAGUUGGAAAUCUCUCACACACACACACUGUUCAGUCUGCCUUUCACACACACAUGCUCUGUUUCUGUCUCCUGCCCACAUCUCCCUUCCUUCUCUGGGUCCCUGUGACUGGCUUUUGUUUUUUUUCUGUUGUCCAUCCCCCAAAGAAAGAGAAACUUCCAGCACUGCUGCCCACCCUCCUGCAGGGGAUGCUCUGCCCCAGACCUGCCCGCAUGGUUCCAUCCAUCACUCAUGGCCUCAUCCUGGCUCCACUGCCCUCCAGCAGAGAGAGGGAGCCAGCACCUCCCAGGGCGAGAGCUCCAGCCUCCCACGUGGCCGCCUCCCUGGAGCUCUGCCCAGCUGUCAGCCUGCCCUGGGCAUCCCAGCUCUGGGCAUUGUCUUGUGUGCUUCCCAGGCCCCAGGGGGAGCAGAGAAAGAAAGGGGGAGGCAGCUGGGGAAGGGGAAAAAGGGAGGAAGGGGAGGGGCCUCCAUCUCUAAUUUCAAAAUAAACACUUUAUUUUGUAAA